AUGGGCAAGAAUCGGCACAGUAAAGACCGAUUGUUCAUUACGCAGACCGAGCACAAGUAUCUCUACGGUGGUAAAAAGCAGGAGAUCCGUCGAGCUUACAAACGUCUUCCAUUCAACUGCUGUGCUAUCACUCUCUGUCCCUUCACGAAUCCGGUAUGCACACACGAGGGUCACUUGUUUGAUUUGGAAGCUGUCGUACCUUACGUGAAAGAGCAUCAGAUCAAUCCUGUGACGGGAAAGCCUCUUCUUUUGAAGGAACUUAUCCAGUUGCACUUUAGCAAGAAUUCACAAGGGGAGUAUUUCUGCCCCGUCACUUACAAGGUCUUCACAGACAAUACCAAGAUUGCCGCAAUUGCGACUACAGGCAACGUUUUCUGCCACGAAGCAGUUGAAGAGCUUAACAUCAAGCCUAAGAAUUGGACGGAUCUUAUAUCUGGUGUAAAGUUUAAGCGCAAAGACAUCAUCAUUCUGCAGGAUCCGCAAGAUUUGUCCACUCGCGAAAUAGAGAAUUUUGAGCAUUUACGACGCGCAAAAGCGUGCGACCACAAUGUCUCUGUAACAGCUGCAGCUCGAAAUAUUCGUACAAACGCUGCCACAGAUCGCAUUCUUGAAGAGCUGGACGCUAAGCGAGCGGCGCAAAAGGAGCUAGCAAAAAAGAUUUUGAGCAAAGCUGAUGGCGUGAGCGAAAAGGAUAGAAUUGUUGCUUCGUUGACCCACCGCAAUUUGUCACAAAAAUAUGCUGUGUCAAAGAAGAUGGCAGGAUCAAGCAAGUUGCAAUACUCACAAUUUACUUCAGGAGAAUGCUCAAGCUCGUUUACGUCUAGUGUGAGAUCUCCCGUAACGAGCAAUGCGAUGGCGCUAGCCUCUGAACAGGAGCUUCUUGAGCGGAGGUGGCAGGCUGUGCGAAAGCUGAAGAAGAAAGGCCUUGUGAGACUUGAGACCACCCUUGGCAACAUUAAUGUGGAGGUGGAUUGCGAUAUCGUUCCGCAGACGGCAGAUAACUUUUUGACCUUGUGUCAGAACAAGUAUUACGACGGUACCUUGUUUCACCGUGUCAUCAAAGGAUUCAUGAUGCAAGGAGGAGAUCCAACAGGAACAGGUCGAGGUGGCGAAUCCAUUUGGAAGAACCCAUUCCGUGAUGAAAUCGACAGCCGACUGUCUCACGACCAACGAGGUGUGCUGAGCAUGGCAAACGCUGGACCGGAUACGAACAACUCCCAGUUUUUCAUUAUCUUCAAAGUAUGCCCACACUUGGAUAAAAAGCACGCUGUAUUUGGUCGGGUUGUUGGAGGGAUGGAUGUGCUGGACACCGUUGAACACGUGGAGACUGGUGCAGAAGACCGUCCUAUCGAGGAUAUACGCAUUAAGAGUGCUCAAGUUUUUAUAAAUCCGUUUCAGGAAUACGAGGAAGCUCAGGAGCAAGGUCUAGACGUCGUGCAGGCAGCGAAAGAAAAGGCUGCGCGGGAGGCAAAUGAUCAAGUGCAGGGUGCUGUGUUGAAAGUCGGUGGGAAGUGGGUCGCCUAUGACGAUUUAGCAGAAGUGGAUGUGGCGACAAUCCCCACAAGCGAAACAACUAAAGAAGAGAACGUGGGGAAAUAUUUGACGACCAAAUGCGAUGGCGUCACCAAGAAGCGGCUGUCGAAACCUCGAAUACCUACUGCCAUAGAAAGCAAGAAGAAGAGCAAGAAAUCAUCUGGAUUUGGUAGUUUUUCUGGGUGGUGA